AAAUCAUGGUUGUAACCUUAUAAGUAGUAAAAUAACCUUGCAUCAUUUUCUCUUAUACACCUACCAGAGCAGUCAAAAUGGGACGGAGGCCGGCCCGUUGUUACCGCUACUGCAAGAACAAACCAUAUCCUAAGUCACGCUUUUGCCGUGGUGUCCCAGAUGCCAAGAUUAGAAUUUAUGACUUGGGUCGCAAAAAAGCCCGUGUAGAUGAGCUUCCAUUGUGUAUCCACAUGGUGUCAGAUGAGUAUGAACAACUGUCUAGUGAAGCCCUGGAAGCAGCACGUAUCUGCUGUAACAAAUACAUGGUGAAGAACUGUGGAAAGGAUUCUUUUCAUUUGCGCAUGAGGCUGCAUCCAUUCCAUGUUAUCAGGAUCAAUAAGAUGUUGUCGUGUGCUGGAGCUGAUAGGCUCCAGACAGGUAUGCGUGGUGCCUUUGGGAAGCCUCAAGGCACUGUGGCACGCGUCAACAUAGGCCAAGUCAUCAUGUCUUUGAGAACAAAGGAUGGUAACAAGGCAGCUGCCAUUGAAGCCUUAAGAAGAGCCAAGUUCAAGUUUCCAGGAAGGCAAAAGAUAUAUGUGUCUAAGAAGUGGGGAUUCACCAAGUUUGAUCGUGAAGUUUAUGAGGAGUGGCGUGCUUCUGGCAAGCUUAUACCAGAUGGAGUAAUUGCAAAGUACAUGGCAGAUCACGGUCCCCUUGCUGCCUGGAAGAAACAGCAUGCAGCCUAACUUGUGCAAACAUGUGAAUAACAGAAAUUAAAACUCCAUGUUAAUUAUA